AUCCGAAUAUUCCUCCACCCAGCCAAUCAGAUCGCAGCUGCGGAAGCUACCAAAAUGGCGCCGUCUUUCCCGCCACUCUACCGGAAGUGAUCAUAGAAUCGGAAACGCCUGUCCCCGGACUGACGACAGCGAUAAAAGGGAGACUAACUAAACGUGCGGUCAACAUCGUUAUCGCUGUCUGCAACGUCGUCUUCAACGUCAUGAUGAACGUCUCGCUGCCCAUUGUUGCUGACGCCAUGAUCAGCGCCGGCGGAGAUCCUUUCAUCUUGCUCGUUGGCGUCGGCUUUAUUUUUCCUUUCGUUUUCGGUUUGCUAAUUAUGAUAAUGAGAUGCACGCUGAUCCCGAGCCUCAGUCUGAAGCCGUGCGCCGGCUGGAGGGUUCUCCUAUUGGUCGGGUUUCUCGUCACGAUGAACGGAAUCAUGGUGGUGUUCGCCAGUGACUCCAGCAGGACCCCGCCCUACCUCCAGGCGAUUCUACAGACCACCAUCAUCCCCUACACGGUCGUGUGUCGAUAUCUCAUCCUUCGAAAAGGUAUCAGUUUACGUCGUCUUGUUUGUACUAUCGUUGUACUGGUUGGACUCUUCAUCACGACGGAGCCACAGAUCUGGGGGCUGGACGGAAGCGGUGGAUCGUCUUCCGGAUCCAUCUCUGCGAUAAACCGAGUAGUGUGGCCCAUGAUAUUCGCCCUGGGCUUCCUGCCUGUCGGGAUCUUCGGCGUCAUCUGUGAGAGGGAGCUGCAGAAAGAACAGUCAGGUUCUUUGACGUUCAUUUUCUGGACACAGAUUUACCAGUUCAUAACCAUUGUGCUGAUGUUCUGGGUUGACUUCAUACCCUGGUUUGGCAUGGCUUCUAAUCCAUCAGAGUUUUUGGAUCGUCUGAAAUCCGGACUGGGCUGUAUGUUCAGCUCUGGAACAGAGUGUUACGGACUGGCGGGAAAGAUAUGGGUCUUUGUCAUCGGCUAUUGUCUGGGCAACCUUUUCCAGAUGCUGCUCAUCGAAUACGCCGAGGGCGCCGUCUACGCCGUCGUUGUCCAGUCGAUCGUGACGCCGGUGGCGACGAUUUUCUGGACGCUGUUCAAAUACACCGCCGCCGACGACCACUUUUUCUGGAUGCCGGAGUUCAACAUUACGACGGGGUUCACGAUGGCCGGACUGGUGAUAAUCGUGCCCACGGUGGUCAUAUACAAUUAUUUCAGUAACCAAGAGGCUAAAGAAAAUGUGUCCCAUAACCGUGAUAUUCAGAAAGAAUCUGUUAGCUGA